AUGGUAUCAGAGCGUAAUCAUCGCUCCUAUGCCGCCGCCGUGAUCACGAAUGCCGGAGCAGGUGAAGGAACAUCAGCCGGGAACGCCGGAGCUCCAGCCAAUCAAACUACCGCAAAUCCGAAUUUCCUCAAUCAAACUCCAUUCCAUCGAGCAGAUGAAUUUGAUGAUCCUCUAUAUCUCCAUAUUACGGAGAAUCCAAACCUAAUCCUUGUUUCACCCCCUCUGUCCGAGUGCAAUUAUGCUUCAUGGAGCAGGUCCAUGAAGAUUGCUUUGGGAGUGAAGAACAAAUUUGGUUUCGUGAAUGGAGACAUACUAAAUCCAGGACAAGGAGAUAUCAAAUAUGCAGUCUGGAAGAGAUGCAAUGAUAUAGUAUGGUCCUGGAUACUGAAAUCGGUGAAUUCGACAAUAGCAGAAAGUGUCUUGUACUUCGAAUUUGCGGAAGACAUUUGGAAGGCUCUUGAGAAGAGGUAUUCGCAAGCUGAUCCACACAGAAUUGUAGAGAUCCAGAAUGAAAUCUUCAAGAACUUGCAAGGUAAUAUGACUAUCAAUGAGUAUUUCACAAAAUGUAAUGGUCUAUGGGAACAACUAAAUGCUAUGAGACCUAUACCUGUUUGUGAGUGCUUGCCUAGAUGUUCUUGUCGUCUCUUGAGUAAGAUACAGAAGGACAGGGAGGAUGAUCAGGUCAUAAGAUUUUUAGAAGGACUGAAGGAUGAAUUUGAAACUAUAAAAUCAGGUGUGUUGGUUAUGGAUCCCAUUCCAACGAUGGAGAAAGUCUUGAACAUGGCACUCAAGCUAGAAAGAAAGCUUAAUGGCUCUAUGUAA